AACUUCAAACGCACCAUUUAGUUUUAACAGCAGCCGGUUCUAUAGGUGUUUCUUCUGGGAUAUGGAUUAUGUUAAUUAUUCUGUACAAAUGGCAGAGAAGAAGACACUGCAUUGAAAAGAAAGAUGGAAACUUAACAGAUGACAUGGUUUUUACUCCAAAACAGCAACAAAAUGAAAAUGGCUUGGGCGACUCGAGAAUAUCUAAGGAAAGAAACCAAAUAUUAGCGCCAUCUUUCAUCUCUUGUCAACUUAAUGAUGACAAUUCUGCAUGUAACUCCAGUCAAAGUAGGUCUGAGAGGAUGGUAAAAAAUACGGAGCUUCAUUUGUCAAGCCUCCAAACACCACAAAAAGAUGGAUAUUGCCAUAACAAAAGAACGGAUAGUCAAAAGCGAUCAGAUCUCUGUAAAGUAUCUAGCACGUCACCCGAUGCUUCACGGAAUUUAAUAAAUGAAAACUUGGAUGAACUAAACCUAUACCAAAAUUUCAAUGCUGCGGAAAACAUGUGCAGUGUACCAGAUACUACGAAUGCGAAUUUACAAGAAUUGGGCUCAGAUUCAAAAGCAUUGGGACCGGAUAGUUUGCAACAACAACGGCCAUAUAGUUCCGUUAAGUAUAAUAGAAACAAAAGAGAAGACAAACAAGAAAAUGCUCUUGAUUUUGCUUCGGAUGAAUUACAAAUGGAAGUUGGAAAAAGCAGUAAUGUGAAAGAUAUUGAUGAAGUAUAUGGAUUUGAUAUGAAAGAAGUACAAUGUAUGAGAAGCCAUGAGAUUUUAAAAUGAUAGAUAAUUUUUUAAAUGAAACUUUUGUAAUUAUUUACUUCAAAUGACAAUUAAAUUUUUUUUAAGUAC